AUUUAAACGAAAAUGAAUACGGCGAUGAGAAUGGGCACUGGCUACAAGCAGCCCACUGGAGUCAAGAAGGAUAUCAAGACAGAAGGUGUCGGAUAUAAAAGUGAUGUAAAUAUUGUCAACAGACCAGUUACAAAUCAUGGUUUAUCAGGAAUUACCUCAACAAGCCAUGGACCAAAGAGAAAAAUUUAUGACAAAAGCUAUUAUUUGAAUUUGCUAAAGAGCAAAAAUACUGAGAUCUCCUCAGAAAUCUCAAAAUUCAAGAAGGAGAUUGACACUAUCAACAAGGAUAAUUCCUCCUAUUUGACAUUAGAGAGAAAGUAUGAUGUACUGAUCAAUGAUGUGAGACAACUCGAGGGAGAACUUGCUGAUUAUAACCUGACUCAGGAUAAAUUUAGACUUGGAACAAAGCCUGAGGAUAUUUUAUCCCUCUAUCACCAUAUCAAGCUCCAAAAUGAUAAAAAGAAGAGUGCUCUUGAUGACUUGUUCCUUGAGAGAAAGGAAAUGGAGAAUGAAAUCUCUGAGCUUCAAAAGCAAAUCACUGAUAUUAACCAAGCUAAUGAAGAGAAGCUGAACCAGCUUGAUCCAGAGCAGAAGGCUCAGUAUGAGAAGCUCAGAAGCGAGAACAACACCUUGAUUAGCAACAUUGGGUACCUCAGAAACGAACUUGAUAAAGUCAAUGAAAGACUCAGAGAUCUUGAUGAUAGAUUGAAAGAGGAUACACUCAGACAAAGAGCUCAGCAUUUAAGAGAAGAGAAGGUUUCUCUUCUCAAAAAGAAAGAGGAGCUUGAGCUACAGACAAAUGAGAGCAAUCUUCCUUUUGCAGAGGCAAGAGAGAGGCUUAGGAACAGGAUCAAACAAGAUCAUUCUGAAAUUCUUCACUGUGAAAAGAAGAUAGCUGACUUGAGAAAAAUAAUUUCCACCUAUCAGAAGAACAUAAAUGAACUUGAAGCUGAUCUUAGUGAACAGAAGACAGAUCAGGAUGAGUCCCAUAAAUAUGAAGCUCUGCACAAAAGAGAUAGAGAGAUGACCGAUUUUAUGGAGAAUUUCGAGACUACGAAGCAGGAAGAGAGCCAACAGGUAGACCAACUUGAGAACACAAUAGUGACUCUGCUUGAGCACAUGAGUAAGAGUAUUACAAAGUCUACUGCUCUGCCAUCCAAGAACGAUGUGAAGGAUAUGAAGGGAGACCUUGCUUACACAAAGGGACUUGUUGAAGACUCAGAGACUACCUAUGCCAGAGUUAAGGUAGAGCUAGACCAGAGACAGGCUGAUCUGGAUAAGAUCAAUACCUUAGAAGGCAAGAUCGAAAGGGAGAACAAGAACAUGGACGAAAAGUUAAAGAACAUGCAGGAUGAAAUGGAGAAUAAAUUCCCCAAGAUAGAUCAAGUCAAAGGAGAAUACGACAAGGAGAAGAAAAGACUCACAGAUUUGAAGCAACAGCUAGCAAAGAUUAAGCCAGGAAUGCAGAAGAUUAUGACGACUCACUCUAUUUCUCAUGAUACUAAGAAGAACCAGCUUCUCCAGAACGAUAUUUAUAAGCUAUUGAAUUCUCUCGAGAAGAAGAUUGCUACGAACGAAUCUCAGAUCUUUUCUCUUUGACAAUUCAUUGAUGCUAAGGGAACUGAGAGUAAUUUCUCUGCUGUGUUGAAUGAAUGCAUGGGAACUGUUCAUGAGAUCAAUAUGGAGAACGUCAAGAACUCCGUUAAGUAGCUUCUAUUCGUACCAUUUUGAACAGUUCA